CAAGAGCCACUUUGCAAAUUUGUAGUAUCAUUUCCCUAAACAACCGGGGCCCGAGCUGUACUUUGGUUCCUCAGUUCUGCAGGUUCCUGCCUCUGCGGAGGCAGAAAGCCGGCUCUUCCGUAGUCUCUUGUUUUCUUUUCGAUUGUAAGAGCGGCCCGCAGAGCUGAGCUAACAACUCGUCCUUCCACCAUGUCUGACUAUGGAAUCGCAUUUGCAAGCCAAGGAUGGGGUGGAUUAGCUCUCUCUUCCUUCUAGAGAGAAGAUGGAAACAUCGCUGCUUUCCUUUACUCAACGGAAUAUGUGGGAAUCAAAGGAGAAAACUUUUUUCAAGUUAAUGCCUGGUUCGGCCAAAGAAGAAGCAAGCAAAGAAGCCAAAAUCAGAGCAAAGGAGAAACGGAACCGGCUGAGCCUCCUCCUGCAGAAAUCCGAGUUUCAUGAGGAGCCCCAGGCCAGGAGGUCUGCACACUUGGCCGGAGUAACCAGAGUCUGCCCGGAAGAAGCAAUACGAUGGGGUGAAUCAUUUGAUAAACUGCUUUCCCAUAAAGAUGGACUGGAGACUUUCACCCGAUUUCUUAAAACCGAAUUCAGCGAGGAAAACAUUGAGUUCUGGAUGGCCUGCGAAGACUUCAAGAAAAGCAAAGACCCUCAACAAAUGAUUCUUAAAGCAAAAGCAAUAUAUGAGAGAUUUAUCCAGAAUGAUGCCCCACAGGAGGUUAACCUUGACUUUCACACCAAAGAACUCAUCGUGAAGAGCAUCACGCAGCCCACGCUGCACAGUUUUGAUGCUGCGCAGAGCAGAGUGUAUCAGCUGAUGGAACAAGACAGUUACACGCGGUUCCUGAAAUCUGACAUCUAUUCAGACUUGGUAGAAGGGAGGCCUCAGAGACCCACCAAUCUGCGAAGGCGGUCACGUUCCUUCACCUACAACGAAUUCCAGGACGUGAAGUCGGAUGUUGCCAUUUGGUUUUAAAGAAAAUUAAUUUUGCUCAUUUGGGGGGCGAGGUGGUACAUCUGCCUCUAAGACAUAGCAUAUGUGAACAAAAUAAAAUAUGUCAUGUAAGAGGAUUUUAAGAACGUAAAUCAAAACUUUUAUUCUAACAAUA